ACUUGGAUGGAUCUCCAAAGUGUGAGAACAUUUGCAAAUUUUACAUUUGAUAAAAUUCUAUAUUCUGUAUAUUGGUUUCUUUAUAUAAAUAUUGUUUUGAUUGUCUUUAUGUUUUAUAUAUGACGAAAUCUAACAAGGAUCCGUAGAUGGCACCUAAAUCCGGGGUAACAUUUCAUUCACCUAAUUUCAUCCCAUUUACAUCCCACCUAAACUCAUGCUUGGCAUUGAAAUCAUUCAGGUACCGAAUCUACACUCCCACAGCCCUCAAUUUCCAGCACUCAUUCCAGAAAAUAGUAGGAUAUAGAUUGGAAAAUCUAACGCCAACGCGAAAACCUCAUAAAAAUGUCUACCCCAAGAGUAUCUCGCACAGUAGUCCGCGCGAUCCGGUCGCGCGUUGGAGUUUCAUCUGGAAGAUGUUAUACCGCAUCGCAAUUCUCAACGAGCUGUCGUAACAAUUUCGGUACCGAGAUUCGGGAUAGCGAGUUCAAGAAUGGUGGAAUCUUGGGCAGGCAGGUAUCUAGACAGUUUAGACAAGUUAGGACAUACUCACAAGAAACCGAAAAUAAAUCCAAACACUACACAUUUGAAGAUGUUUGUCUCUCCUCCCUCUCCUCCUCACACCCCUCUUUGCAAUUACCUAAUAAUCCUCCUAACAGAUGCAAACCCUUACCUCUGCACCACACCCCGAUACCCAUAUAAUCGACGUCCGUACACCCCUCGAACUACAACAAACAGGACGUAUCCCCGGCGCGAUCAAUAUCUCGAUAACGACAAAUCCGGACGCAUUCAGUAUUAGCGAAGAGGAAUUUGAAGAUCGAUUUGGGUUUGAGAGACCGUCGAAGGGGGAGGAGUGUGUGUUUUAUUGUAAGUCGGGGGUUAGGUCGAGGGCGGCGGCGGAGAUUGCGAAGGGGAAUGGCUGGGUGAAGGUGGGGGAGUUUGAGGGGAGUUGGAUGGAGUGGAGUGCUAAGGGAGGUGAGGCGGAGAAGUGAGGGAAUGAAUUGGGGAAUUGGGUUGUGGUAAUUAGGGAAUUUUGUGAGGUCGUUAGAGCUGAGGAUGCUCGUUGAGCAUUUAGAAGGGCAUAAUUUCAAGGAAUUUGUCGUUGAUGGGUGGCAUGCUAUAAGCAUUAGAUGGAUGGCAAUGUACAUGAUCAGGAGGAAUCAAAGCUGUGAAGAAAAUCUCUAGCUAAGUAGCGAGAAACAAUCCUCUAUCUAACGUUCUAUCAUUUCGUAUGUUACGCCAGAAGCAACACAUGUUUAUAUGAACCUCAAGCCUGACUCUUUAUAUUCAAUAUAGGAUGUUAUUUCUUGAGAACAGCUCAAUUCAUAUUUUUGUAUAAGAAAUUCCUUCUCUUGCUUUAUAUUCCACUUAUGCUUGUUCUUUUUAAACUUCUUCAUAGAUGCAUGCAUCUAUCAUC